UUCCCAAUAAAAUCGCCAUUGACAAAAGCUCCUCGAUGUCGUCCUGCCGACGACGCGCGCGGUUGUUAAGUGAGAGCGGCCAAGGGAGCUGGAGUUGGACCCCUGUCCGUGCCCCCCGCACUAUAUCUGCUCAAUGAGUGCGGUUCGGUCACUGAUAGCUAGCUCCUAGCUCCGGCACCCAGAUCCCAAUGUGCCCCGUCGCGUCACUCUGAACCGAAGCCACUGAGCCAGCAAGCCACCAGGGUCGCGCGCAGCAAUGAAGCUCCUCGCCGCGCUGGCGCUCUUAGCCGCCGCGGCGCCGUUCCUCAGCGCCGCCGGUCAGGGCGGCGGCGAGGCGGCGGGGCCGAUGCCGUUCGCGGUGGGCGCGGCGCCGGCGGGGUGCGACAUCGGGCAGGGGGAGUGGGUGCACGACGAGGCGGCGCGGCCGUGGUACCAGGAGUGGGAGUGCCCAUACAUCCAGCCGCAGCUGACGUGCCAGGCGCACGGCCGCCCCGACAAGGCCUACCAGCACUGGCGAUGGCAGCCGCGCGGAUGCUCGCUACCCAGCUUCAACGCGACCCUGAUGCUGGAGAUGCUGCGCGGCAAGCGGAUGCUGUUCGUCGGGGACACGCUGAACCGCGGGCAGUACGUCUCCCUGCUCUGCCUCCUCCACCGCGCCAUCCCCGACGUGUCCAUGUCGUUCGAGACCGUCGACUCCCUCAGCAUCUUCAGAGCCAAGGACUACGACGCUACGAUCGAGUUCUACUGGGCGCCGCUGCUCGCCGAGUCCAACUCCGACGACGCCGUGAUGCACCGCAUCGACGACCUGAUCAUCCGGGGCGCGCCCAUGGACAAGCACUCGAGGUUCUGGAAGGGCGCCGAUAUCCUGGUGUUCAACUCCUACCUCUGGUGGAUGACCGGGGAGAAGAUCCAGAUCCUGAGGGGCGCCGACAACGACAUGAGCAAGGACAUCGUGGAGAUGGAAGCAGAGGAGGCGUACAAGCUGGUGUUGUACCAGGUGGUCCGGUGGCUGGAGCACAACGUGGAUCCCAAGAACUCGCGGGUGUUCUUCGUCACCGCCUCGCCAACCCACACAAAUAGCAGGGAGUGGGGCGACGAGGCGGAGGGCGGCAACUGCUACAACCAGACGUCGCCGAUCAGCGACGCGUCGUACUGGGGCAGCACGAGCAGGGCGAUGCUGCGGGUCACCAACGAGGUGCUGGCCACGUCGCGGGUGCCGGUCGGGGUGGUGAACAUCACGCAGCUGUCCGAGUACCGCAGGGACGCGCACACGCAGAUCUACAAGAAGCAGUGGGCGCAGCCGACGCCGGAGCAGCGCGCCGACCCCAGGAGCUACGCCGACUGCACGCACUGGUGCCUCCCCGGGGUGCCGGACACCUGGAACGAGCUGCUCUACUGGAAGCUCUUCUUCCCCAGCAACGAUCUGGUCAUCUGAUCCAUGCGCACAUACACUUCGCAUCGGAAGGGGCUAGCCCAAGUGACAUCGAUCGCGGGAGCAAGAAAUGUAGAUUAAAAAUCAAACAUCGUGCCAGUGCUGUACAUGCAUGCGCCUUGCGCUUGAUUAGUUUUUCAGGGAACAAAAACCUGGGGGUGGCCGUGGAUGUAAUCAGCUUUUCUUUUCUCUCUCUUUUUUCCCCUUUUA